AUGGCCUACCACCAGGCUCGUCCGCCGCCUCGUCGUGGGCCGCCGCCAGGACCGGGACCGCAGUACGGCGGCAGCAGGCCUCCACAGCAACAGUACUACAACUACAACCACAGCUACCAGCAGCAGCAGCAGUACCAGCAGCCGCCGCCAGACAGACGGCCUGCCUACGGUGGUCCUCCUGGUCCUCCUGGUCCUGAUCGCCGGCAGAUGAGCUAUGACGACGGCUACUCGGGGGGUCAGCAGGAUCCCUAUGGCCGCGGUGGUCGGGCGAUGUACGACGAUGGCCGUAUGAUGGCCCCGAGCAGCAGCGCCGGCAGCAGACCACCUCCACAGCCUCAGGGCUAUAGAGGACAGCCACCGAACGGACAUCACCAGCCGCCUCCUGUCCGUCAAUACACUGCCACUCCUCACAUCCCCGAAAAAUCCCCAGAGCUGAAGAGCUCCUUUGACAACCCGUUUCCUACAUUCCCUCCCAAGAAGCGCGGUAACUCGAUGGAUGGCCUGCAGAAGAAGAUGAGCGCUGUCGAGCUCAACAAGGCCCCAAAUCGCGCAGAACCCCCUAUUACUCGACCGCAUACUUCAAACUCCAACCGCCCGCCUCCCUCGACCUACCACUCUGAGCCCCUUCCAGCAAUGAAUCCUCGUCAGCUGCCAAGUGGGAAUCAGCCCAUCCAGCGCAAAGCUGUAGCUCCUCUGACUGUUGAAACAAACCAUCCCGCUCCUCCCCGGCAGGAUCCUCGAACUGCUCCGCCUACUCGAAGUGCUACCAUGCCUGUCAGCGUGCCCGCCCCAAUGUCAGCAGCACCAGCACCAGCAGCAAUGGGGAUGCAACAGAAACCCCUUUACCCUGGCAAACGCGCCUGGCAGGACCCCGGCCUUAGCCCUCCGCCUCUAAGCCCUGCUCUACACCCACCACAUCAUCACCCCGACACAUACCCGGUUUCAUCUAGGCCGGGAACUGCUGCUGGUGUAAAACCGGAGCUAGUCCACCCGAAGCACGCCGCCGCCGAGCUCGAACCUCAGGUUGCUGACAAAGUAGACUGCGCUGCUGAAGACGAACUCAAUUACUUAAAUGAGGAUCUGCUUAACGACUACUAUGAUAACACCGACGCCAAUAACAACACCAGCAACGGCAACCACAACAACAACAACGACAAUAAUAAUGAACCGGACAUGCCCAACUUUGGUGCCAUGUCUGAUGACAACGCUUCCUCGUCGCAUGCGGAGACUCUGAUACCGUUCGAGAAGCCUAGGCAAGAUCUUCCGUCGUCUUCGUCCUCCAUGUCGGGGCCACAGCCUACCUAUGCGGCCUACAAGCCGUCGGGAAGCAUGCAUUCUUCUCCCGACCGACAGGGCCCUCCGAGCGGCCUUCCAAGCCAUCUCAUGCAUGAGCGCGCUCCGUCUCCGGCGUACAGUCACCAGGGUGGCUAUGGCGGCCAGCCCAGCAAUGGAUACUAUGGCAGACCAGAUGCUCGAGCCAUGACUCCUGUGCAACGUGGCGGCUACGGUGGCCCUGGUGGUCGAGGAGGAUACCCUCCGCAGCACCAACCACCCCAGCAGUACCAUCAAUAUGGACCUGAGAAUGGUGGCAGGGGUCCCUAUGAUGGCAGGCAGGCUUAUCCGCCGCGGGAUAUGGGCUAUGGCGACGACCAGUACGGCGGCUACCAGGGCCAAGGACCAGACAACCACCUGCACCACGCUCCUCCCGCUCCCUUCCGCCCAGGCCUUGACCAAGGACCCAAACCCACCCCCGUCAGGCAGUACACUAGCACUCCACAACCACCACCUCCAUCGCAACCUGGCCAAGCUUCUUCUGCAUCCUACGGCGCCAAUACCCGCCGUUCAUCCCAACCAAUAACCCUCGGCGAGCUCCACGCGAUCCAGCAAGCCGCACGAAGCAACCCAGGAGACCACGCCCAGCAGCUUCUUUUCGUCAAGAAGCUCGUUGAAGCUUCAGUCCACCUAAUCGACGAGAACGGCCGCACCGACGCAAAAACCAAGGCUAAGAACCGCGAACGAUACAUCAUGGAAGCCUAUAAAACUGCUAAAAAACUUGUCAGCGCAGGAUAUCCGCCCGCAAUGUUCUACAUGGCCGACUGCUACGGCUCCGGCCAGCUCGGACUAGAAGUCAGCCCCAAGGAGGCCUUUAGCUUGUACCAGUCUGCAGCCAAAAUGGGCCAUGCUGAAUCCGCCUACCGUCUCGCCGUGUGCUGCGAAAUGGGCCAGGAAGGAGGCGGAGGUACUCGGCGUGAUCCCAUGAAAGCAGUACAAUGGUACAGACGUGCUGCUGCCCUAGGCGACCCUCCAGCAAUGUACAAGAUGGGCAUGAUCCUUCUCAAGGGUUUGCUCGGCCAACCCAAAAACCCACGCGAAGCACUCUCCUGGCUGAAGCGUGCUGCCGAGCGCGCAGACGAAGAUAACCCCCACGCCCUACAUGAAUUGGCCCUGCUCUACGAAAACCCUCAAGGCAACGACUCCGUCAUCCGCGACGAGAACUACGCCUGCGAACUGCUCCACCAAGCAGGUGAAUUGGGCUAUAAAUUCUCCCAGCACCGUCUCGGUGCUGCAUACGAGUACGGCCUCGUUGGCUGCCCCGUCGACCCGCGACAGAGUAUAUACUGGUACACACAAGCCGCGGCGCAGGGCGAGCAUCAGAGUGAACUCUCCCUCAGCGGGUGGUACUUGACCGGUGCCGAAGGGAUACUGCAGCAGAGCGACACAGAAGCGUAUCUGUGGGCUCGUAAGGCUGCCAUGGCCGGCCUUGCAAAGGCAGAGUAUGCCAUGGGCUACUUCACCGAAGUUGGCAUUGGUGUUCCUUCGAACUUAGAUGAUGCAAAGCGAUGGUACUGGAAAGCAUCCUCGCAAAAUUUCAUGAAAGCCAGAGAACGGCUGGAAGAUCUUCGACGAGGCGGAGCAAGAAUGCAAAAGACCCGCGUGUCCAGAUCCGCCGUCAAUAAAAACGAAGGCGACUGCAUUGUAAUGUAA